AUGGCAGACCAAAGCAAUAAUUUUACGAUUUCAACUGAACACGAGUUUAUUGAACCGAUUAAACGAAUUAACAAUCAAGCUGAUGUUGACAAAUGGGUACGAUCUGAAGCCUAUUUAAGGUUAAUAAAAUUCACCAAAUCUUUAAAUGAAAGUGUCAUAAAUCAAGGGAAUUCUAAACCUUGUCACGUCUCAGAGAUGACACAAAAUGUGAUCAAUUUGUUAGAAACAUUAACGUCAUGGAUUGACGAAAUUCCACCUUUACCCACACCUCAAAGGUUUGGUAACAAAGCAUUUCGCACAUGGGUUACUCGCUUGGAACAGAAUGCAGUUCGAUUGCAUCAAGAUAGAUUAUUACCAACGCAUGUACAUGGUGCUAUUGUUGAACUUGUCCCAUAUUUUAAAGGAGGAUUUGGAAAUGCUACAAGGAUUGAUUAUGGAAGUGGACAUGAAUUGAGUUUUGUAACUUGGUUAUGUUGUUUGAAUCUAAUAGGAGUAUUUCAACGAGAGGAUUACACAGCAAUCGUGAUAAAGAUAUUCACAAAACGAUUGCAACGCGUAUACAUGCUUGAACCAGCUGGUAGUCAUGGAGUUUGGGGAUUGGAUGAUCAUCAAUUCCUUUCUUAUUAUUGGGGAAGCGCACAAUUAAGAGAUCAUCGAAAUCUUAAACCAAAAUCAAUACUAUCAGCAGAUCUAGUUAAUAUGUAUGCAGGCGAAUACAUUUACUUUGAGUGUAUUAAAUACAUACACGAGAUUAAAAGAGGGCCAUUUCAUGAACAUUCACCAUUAUUACACGAGAUUUCAGGAGUUAUAAGUUGGACAAAGGUCAAUUCAGGAUUAUUAAAAAUGUUCAUUGCAGAUGUAUUAAAAAAAUUUCCUAUAGUUCAACAUGUUUUAUUUGGUAGUUUACUACCCUUCAAAGAAUAUAAUGGUAUAAUAGAUGAAAGUAGUUUAUAA